CUUCCUUUCCUUCUCUCACUUGGCACUGUGUCUCCUUGUUGGCGGUACAGUAUAACAGAAGCAUACAGAUCGCUGACCGACGGUGGAUGGGGAAAGGCAGUAGCCGCAGCAGCAGCAGUCGGACGUACCGACCGAAGGAUGCUCCAGCACCAUGACUUGCUCGGCGUCAGAUAGCGAGAAGAUCGUCAUCAACUGCGGUGGAAUUCGACACGAGACCUACCGGAGCACCCUAAAGACGUUGCCGGGGACGCGCUUGUCUUGGCUGACAGAGCCCGACGCCUACAGCAACUUCGACUACGAUCCCAAGUCCGACGAGUUCUUCUUUGACCGCCACCCGGCCACCUUCGCCUUCAUCCUCAACUACUACCGUACCGGCAAGCUCCACUGCCCCAACGAUGUCUGCGGGCCGCUCUUCGAGGAAGAGCUUGCCUUCUGGGGCAUCGAUGAGACGGACGUGGAGGCGUGCUGCUGGAUGAAUUACCGACAGCACCGUGAUGCAGAAGAAGCCCUGGACAGCUUUGAGACCCCCGAACCGGAUCCACCCGAGGACGACCCUGCACUCACCGGCGGAGCGGAUGGCGACCUGAAACGUCUGUGCAUGCAGGAGGACGGCCGCAGGGCGACAUGGUGGGAGGUGUGGCAGCCCAGGAUGUGGGCGCUGUUUGAGGAUCCCUACUCCUCCAAAUAUGCUCGGUAUGUGGCUUUUGCCUCACUCUUCUUCAUCCUGCUCUCCAUCUCCACAUUCUGCCUGGAGACCCAUGAAGUCUUCAACACCAUCUACAACAAAACAGAGAAUGUCACCGUUGGCAACGUGACACGUGAAGAGAUUGUAUAUGAGGUGGUCACAGACAGCUGGCUCACAUAUGUCGAGGGCGUCUGCGUCAUCUGGUUCACCAUUGAAGUAAUGGCACGCGUGAUCUUCUGUCCUGACAAGGCAGAGUUCUUCCGCAGUGCCCUGAACAUAAUAGACUUUGUGGCAAUUGUGCCCUUUUACCUGGAGGUGGCGCUGAGUGGCCUAUCCUCCAAAACAGCCAAAGACGUUCUGAGCUUCCUGCGUGUUGUACGCUUUGUCCGUAUCCUACGUAUAUUCAAGCUGACCCGCCACUUUGUUGGUUUACGCGUGCUGGGCCACACUCUGCGUGCCAGCACUAAUGAAUUCCUGCUGCUCAUAAUCUUCCUGGCACUAGGUGUCCUCAUCUUUGCUACCAUGAUCUACUAUGCUGAACGUAUCGGUGCUGACCCAGAUGAUCCAACAGCUGCAGCCCACACCAACUUUAAGAACAUCCCCAUCGGCUUCUGGUGGGCUGUGGUGACCAUGACCACGUUGGGAUAUGGGGAUAUGUAUCCUGAAACAUGGUCAGGAAUGCUCGUGGGUGCCCUCUGCGCCUUGGCUGGGGUGCUGACAAUUGCCAUGCCAGUGCCUGUCAUCGUCAAUAACUUUGGCAUGUACUACUCCCUGGCCAUGGCUAAGCAGAAACUCCCCAAGAAGAGGAACAAGCACAUCCCCAGGGCGCCACAGCCAGGCAGCCCAAACUAUUGUAAGCCAGAUGCCCUGGCAAUGGCGACAGCAUCUCCUCACAGGUUGAUGGGAAAUGUGCUCGGGCCUGGCAUGGUGGGAUCUGGCAGCAUGAUGGGUACUGGAGACUGCCCAUUAGCACAGGAGGAGAUCAUUGAGAUCAACAGGGCAGACUCCAAGCAGAAUGGUGAUGCAGCAGCUAACGCUGCGGCUCUGGCCAAUGAGGACUGUCCUACCAUCGACCAGGUCCUGGGAGAUGAGCGUAGCCCGGCUACCGGUGGGCUAGGCUCCACCACCAGCCGUGAGCGCUACCCGCACGACCGGGCGUGCUUCCUGCUGAGCGCAGGGGAGUUUCAGCGCACAACAGACGGAAACGUUCGAAAAGUGCUGAGUUUUUAACAAACUCACCCAUUCCUCUACAAGAAGAGGAAAACUAUUAACUGUAAACUGCUGCUCGUCUGUCUCUGCUGAUGGGAUUCACCGUAGAAACUGGGAGGGAGAUAGAGAGAAAGAGAAGAACAACAAUGGUGUUCACAGUUCCAUCAUCACAUGCAACCUAAUGGAGAAAGUGGCUGUUAGUAAAUGUAAGCCAUAUUAACUUGGAAGACCAAACAAUUUCACAUCCUCUGAACUGAUUUCCAGAGCGAAUGGCUACAUAGAGUCUCUCAGCUGAGCUGCCAGAGGGUUUCCUGCCCGAUGGUCUUGUAUGUGGAAACCUCGUGUCUUCUGGAUGUCUUCGGUGUUUUAGUCACAAUUUUAUGUAAUUUAGUUGUCAUAUUGCUUUACUUACCUUUUUUUUUCAAGAGACUGCAUAAACUGCGACUGAUUCCCAGGAAUCAUCCAUUAUUUCGGCACUCAAAGCACUAUGCAAGGUGAGGGAGUCUAUCACGAUGUCCAGCGACUACUAGGCUGCCCUGUUAAUCUCAGCUGAGAAACAGCAAGCUGAAGUCAAGUCAUACAUAUCAAAAAACAGCAGCUUUCACACUUAUAUGCACAUCACACAGUCAUUUAUGUUUUAUACCAGCUGAAUCUCCCAGGAGGCAUCGAGACAACAUCUUGGGACUUGAAAUUCAGCAACACAUCAGCAUGUUAGUUCGAAUGAUGUAACCCAAAGACGACAGACACUUGGAUGGAUGCAUUAGUUGAGAUGAACAGAAACACUCAAAGGCACUAAACUGGCCAUAAUGUCACAUGGCUGUCUUCAGGCAUCACUGAAGAUAGCCAUGGGAUAGGCCCUCUUUCUCACUUGUUCCUUCUUGAGAUUUUAUGGUAUCUUACCCGAGUACCCCCGCCACCCUUAGCUGCAUCUCUGCAUUGUUAUUGCUCCUCCCCUUUAGAAAAUCUGCAUGGAAAUCUGUAUUAAUGGGGGGAGGGGGGCAUAGUUAAUUUUUCUUUCAGCAUUGUUAGUGUAAUGGUAGUAUCACUAUCAUCCAAGAUACGUUUUAACUACUUACUGCUAAGGAGCUAAGAAAACAUGGUGGAGGAGGAUGAGCACCCUCCUCUCAGAGAAAAAGGAGACCAUACACACCAUAUCUGUUUGGAGGUGUGAAACUGAGCAGGCAAACAUCUUUUAGAAACUAUUUGAGGGACAAAAAAAUGGCAACGAUUGCAAAUUAGAAAUUCA